AUGCGCUUCCGUAUUGCCAACAGUUCGUCGUUCCAACCAAGUGUUCGUCGGAAAAUGCGCUAUCACGACGCCUCAAUGGUCAAAGCGGACUCUGCCAAAGACGGCGACAUACCAUCUGUCCAGAUAAUAUACGAGCCCUCCCAGGUGUGGAGCGACCAUGUGAUUCCUUUGGUCCUAGGCAAGUUCUCGGUCAAGGUUGUGGAUACUAGCGUAGACAGCAGCCUGUUCGCUACCAUUCCACGCAUCAUAUCCAGCACGCGAAAGGGAUCUCCGGUCUAUGCGGUCUGUGAUGCCAUUGCAUGUGCAUAUUUAGCGAGUACGACCGGGUCGGCAGAUGCAAUUGCCAACAGGACCCGGGCGUAUGGGACCGCACUCAAGGCCGUCAAUCUGGCUCUAGGUGAUCCUGCUCAAUACAAGAAUGACAGCACAUUGUUUGCAAUUUGGAUGUUUGUGGUGUACGAGUUCUUAUCGAAUCCUCAUCUCACAUCUAUUGCAGGAUCAGAGGAGGGAGACCGCCACUGUCGAGGCAUGGCUUCUUUGAUUGACCUCCGGGAUCCGGAGCAAUUUACCAGCCAGGAUGGACGGAAUCUCGUCUGGUUUGUCUGUUAUUGCACGCAAGCCAAAGCACUUAUCGCCGGCCGGGAGUCUCCUCUAGAAGUGCUGAGCUGGAUCUACAAACUCUGCCAGUAUUUGAAGCCAUCCGAGUAUAUCAUGAUUCAAGCAUGUACUUUCGCCUACUACUGCACCCGCCUUUGUAGUCAGAUCCAAAAGGUGUUAGUCGGAAAUUCGGACUUGGUGCUGGCCACUUACUCGUCCAUAUUGCAACAGAUGGACGAGACGGAGAAAAUUUGGAGUUCUUCAUCUGAUUCAGCUCAGCACUCCAUAUCGUCUAUCGGGGUGCAUGCAUAUCAAGGAAAUUUCCAAAUGCAUCUCUCGGCUAGCGUUUUAAGCUUUCUACAGCGUGUCUACGAAGAAGGGUGUUCACCUCAGCAGCACAUUCAUUCCACCGCGAUGCAAGAACACUGCAUUGCAGCUUUUCGCGCCACAGCUACGAAGAUUUUACAUGCGCAGGACAUGCCACAAGGGAUUGGUAACAAUUUCAAUCUCGGAUGGGCAGACGCAGUCAUGAUUUACGGAUCCUUAAGGACUAUCGCAACAUCUCCUGUUUCAUUAGGCUGGCAGAGAAACGCGGCAAAUAAGGCUCGUGCAAUAAUCAAGGAGCGGCUUGGUUUCCAACUUUUGGGAUAA